UGGCAAUUGAUUGAUUGAUUUUUUUGCUCUCUGAAGUGACAAUUAAGACAGUUUGUGGCGUGUUGGUCAUCCGGGAAAAAUGGGAAACUAAUGGCCUUUCUCAUGCGGAAGGCAAGCUGUUCACUCUGAAGGUCCAGGAUGAAAAGAUGGCGCAGCUGCUUGUACCGCCGGGACCAGACAGCUUUCGCCGCUUUAGUCGGGAGUCCCUCUCCGCAAUCGAGAAGCAGAUCGCCGACGAAAACGCCAAAAAACCGAAGGGGGAGAAGAAAAAGCGCAACGAUGACGAUGACCUCAAGCCCAGUCGUGACUUGGAAGCGGGCAAGUCCCUCCCCCUGGUAUACGGGGAUGUCCCCAAAGGAAUGGUGUCCACACCCGUGGAAGACUUGGAUCCUUACUACAUCAAUCAAAAAACUUUUAUAGUAAUAAACAAAGGAAAUGUCAUCUUCCGUUUCAACGCUGCUUCUGCCUUGUACCUCCUGAGUCCUUUUAACCCCCUUAGAAGAAUAUCUAUUUGGAUUUUGGUUCACUCAUUGUUCAGCGUGGUGAUCAUGUGCACUAUCCUCACCAACUGUGCAUUUAUGACACUAACUAAGCAGCCUGACUGGGCAAAGAAUGUGGAAUACACAUUUACUGGAAUUUACACGUUUGAAUCCCUGGUUAAAAUUUUAGCCCGGGGAUUUUGCAUAGGGAAGUUCACCUUUCUCAGAGAUCCAUGGAACUGGCUGGACUUCUCAGUCAUUGUUAUGGCGUAUGUCACCGAGUUCGUAAACCUCGGAAACUUUUCAGCCCUUCGCACAUUUAGAGUACUGAGAGCUUUCAAGGCUAUUUCUGUGAUCCCAGGCCUAAAGACCAUUGUCGGUGCGCUGUUCCAGUCGGUGAAGAAGCUGUCUGAUGUGAUGAUCCUCACUGUCUUCUGCUUGAGCGUCUUUGCCCUCAUAGGGUUGCAACUAUUCAUGGGCCAUUUAAAACAAAAGUGUUUGUUCAUGCCAAUACAAAAUAAUUCCAUCAUCAACGACACAUCUUCUAAUAGUACCUACAUUAAUGAAACAUACAAUCAUAACCAAGAAGAUGCUUUCAACUGGUUGGAGUACUCACUUGAUAAGAAAAAUCACUAUUACCUUCCAGACAAACGUGAUCCAUUGCUUUGUGGAAACGGCAGUGAGGCUGGGCGUUGUCCAGAAGGAUUUAGCUGCAUCAAAGUGGGAAAUAAUCCAGAUUACGGUUACACCAGCUUUGACUCAUUUGGAUGGGCCUUCCUUUCUCUGUUUAGACUAAUGACACAGGAUUAUUGGGAAAAUCUCUACCAGCAGACACUACGGGCAUCUGGAAAGCCUUACAUGAUCUUCUUUGUGUUGGUUAUUUUCCUUGGCUCCUUCUACCUGAUCAACUUGAUCUUGGCUGUGGUGGCCAUGGCAUACGAGGAGCAGAGCCAGGCCACUAUGAAGGAGGCUCAGGAAAAGGAGGAGGAGUUUCAGGCAAUGUUGGGGCAACUGAAACGCCAGCAAGAAGACGCUCAGGCUACGGUGGUGUCUGCGGAGCGGGGAGAGGUCAGCGAUAAUCCCGGCGGUAUAGAGAGCUCCUCUGAAACCUCCAAACUGAGCUCUAAAAGUGCCAAAGAGCGAUGCAACAGGCGGCAAAAACAAAAAGAGGAAGGGGGCAAAGAGGCUGCAGAGAAUGUGCCGGAGUCAGAGUCUCAGGAUAGUAUUAAGAAGUCCCGAUGCCACUUCUCUGUUGAGCCCAAUUUACUCAACUAUGACAUGAAGUACUCGUCAGCUCACCAGUCCUUUCUGAGUAUUCACGGACCCCCAUUCUCAUCCAGACGGAACAGCAGGACCAGCGACGUUUUCAGUGACGUCGGCUCAGAAAAUGAGUUUGCAGAUGAUGAGAACAGCAUUUCUGAGGACAACCGGACUCGAAGGAACUCUUUGUUUUUUACAUGGGGGCGUGACCGCUACGGCAGCAGUAUAAGUCAGUCCAGCGUCUUUCCACAUCCGCUACUUUUGCCCAGCAGGAUGAAGCACAGCACUGUAGACUGCAACGGAGUAGUGUCCUUAAUGGCUGCCGAUUCAAUCCCAUUAUCUCCAAUGGGGCGCUUUCUUCCUAAAGUGACAGUAGAUUUCGCCUCCACUAGAUACAAACCUGACACCACAACUGACACUGAGGGGGGCACACACGAGGAACGUGCAGCCUUUCCCGAGGACCCGGGGGUCCGGGAUAGGGCUUAUAGCGUGGCAAGUGUCAUAACCAGCACAAUGGAAGAGCUUGAAGAAUCAAGGCAGAAGUGUCCUGCCUGCUGGUACAAAUUUGCAAACACCUUUCUCAUCUGGGAAUGUUGUCCAGCCUGGCUGAAGAUUAAGAAGAUAGUCAGACUAAUAGUGAUGGAUCCAUUUGUGGACCUAACCAUCACUAUCUGCAUUGUGCUUAACACCCUAUUUAUGGCCAUGGAUCAUUACCCAAUGUCCAAGAGUUUUACCAGUAUUCUGGCUGUGGGCAAUAUGGUAUUCACGAGCAUCUUCACGGCUGAAAUGGUCCUCAAGAUCAUUGCUUUGGAUCCAUACUAUUACUUUCAGGAAGGAUGGAACAUUUUUGAUGGGGUAAUUGUCUGUUUAAGCUUGAUGGAACUGUGCUUGGCCAGUGUGGGUGGAAUGGCUGUUUUGAGAUCUUUCAGAUUGCUGCGAGUGUUCAAGUUGGCCAAGUCGUGGCCCACACUCAACACCCUCAUCAAAAUAAUUGGUAACUCUGUGGGUGCUUUGGGCAAUCUGACACUGGUGCUGGCCAUCAUUGUGUUCAUCUUUGCUGUGGUGGGCAUGCAGCUUUUUGGGAAAAACUACAAGGACUGUGUGUGUAAAAUCUCCAGCAAGUGCACCCUGCCUCGUUGGCACAUGAAUGACUUCUUCCAUUCAUUCCUCAUUGUGUUCCGAGUGCUAUGUGGAGAGUGGAUAGAGACCAUGUGGGACUGCAUGGAAGUGGCUGGAACACCCAUGUGCAUCACUGUCUACAUGAUGGUCAUGGUUAUUGGAAACCUUGUGGUGCUGAACCUGUUCCUGGCCUUGCUGCUGAGUUCCUUUAGUGCGGACAACCUGGCCGCGACAGAGGACGACAGCGACACCAACAAUUUGCAAAUCGCUAUUGGACGAAUCCACAAUGGCAUCGCCUUUGUCAAGUCUCUGCUUCAAAGCAGCUGCAACAGUGUCUGCCUGAGGAACAACAGGCAAAACCAGGGUGAGGUUAAAUCAUCCCUAGAUGACUUCCACAAAGCCUCAGGACCCAACGGCAUCCCUAACCAUACCAUUAAGGAGAUAUCCAAAAACGGCAACGGCGAUGUGACCGGAGUGGACAAAAGUGGGGACAAGUACAUCGUCUGCAGCAAGACUGAUGAUUCCAUAAUGUCUUUCAUCAAUAACCCCAGUCUGACUGUCAAUGUUCCUAUUGCGCUGGGGGAGUCCGACUUUGAAAACCUCAACACAGAAGACUUCAGCAGUGCCUCGUCUGAGGAGGGGGAAUGCCCUGCGACUGCAGAUGCCGAUGGCCAUAUAAGCUCCUCAGAGGGCAGCACAGUGGACUUUGGGGAAAACAGAGAGGGAGGCGAGUCCAUAGACUUGGAAUUUGAGGAAUCUAUGGAUCCUGACGCCUGCUUUCCUAAUGCCUGUGUGGAAAGGUUCCAGUGUUGCCAAGUAAAUGUGGAGGCGGGCAGGUGGAAAAUGUGGUGGACUCUCAGAAAAACCUGUUUCCGGAUAGUGGAGCACAACUGGUUUGAGAGCUUCAUUAUCUUCAUGAUCCUGCUUAGCAGCGGUGCAUUAGCUUUUGAAGAUGUCUACAUUGAGACCAGGAAGAACAUUAAAGCAGUUCUGGAAUAUGCAGACAAGAUGUUCACGUACAUCUUUAUUUUGGAGAUGUUGCUGAAGUGGGUGGCCUAUGGGUUUGCCAAGUAUUUCACCAAUGCCUGGUGUUGGCUCGACUUCCUCAUUGUUGCGGUUUCACUGGUCAGUCUGACAGCCAAUGCAAUGGGAUUAGCUGAACUUGGUGCCAUCAAGUCUCUGAGAACCCUGCGAGCCUUGAGGCCCCUCAGAGCCCUGUCGAGGUUUGAGGGUAUGAGGGUGGUGGUCAAUGCCCUGCUGGGGGCUAUUCCAUCCAUCUUCAAUGUACUGUUGGUGUGCCUCAUCUUCUGGCUCAUCUUCAGCAUCAUGGGAGUCAACCUGUUUGCGGGAAAGUACUACCACUGUCUCAACAGAUCUACAGAUGAGAAUUUUCCGCCUUGGGAGGUGAAGAACAAGACACAAUGUCUGGGCUUGGGCAAGGAGGCAGCUCGUUGGAAGAAUGUUAAAAUCAACUUUGACAACGUAGGCAUGGGUUACCUCGCACUGCUGCAAGUGGCUACUUUCAAGGGUUGGACGGACAUCAUGUAUGCUGCUGUAGACUCCCCAAACAAGCCUGAAGAACAGCCCGAAUAUGAGAGGAACCUGAAGAUGUAUCUGUAUUUUGUUGUUUUCAUCAUAUUCGGAGCUUUCUUCACACUUAAUCUCUUCAUUGGUGUCAUAAUAGACAAUUUCAAUCAGCAAAAGAGAAAGUUUGGAGGCCAAGACAUCUUCAUGACUGAAGAACAGAAGAAAUAUUACAAUGCCAUGAAAAAGCUGGGCUCAAAGAAGCCACAAAAGCCAAUUCCCAGACCUUCGAACAAGUUCCAAGGAUACGUAUUUGACAUCAUCACCAAACAAGCCUUCGAUGUUGUGAUCAUGGUUCUAAUAUGGCUGAACAUGGUCACCAUGAUGGUGGAAACUGAUGACCAGUCAUUAGAAAAAAAAGACAUUCUCGGCUGGAUCAACUGUGUCUUCAUUUGCGUUUUCACGGGCGAGUGUUUGCUGAAAAUGAUCGCACUGCGCCAGUAUUUUUUCACAAAUGGUUGGAAUGUCUUUGACUUCAUCGUUGUCGUUCUCUCGAUUAUUGGUAUGUCUCUCUCUGAGCUGAUUGAGAAAUAUUUUGUGUCGCCGACUUUGUUCAGAGUCAUCCGACUGGCUCGAAUCGGACGCGUCCUCCGCCUUAUCAAAAGUGCCAAGGGAAUCCGCACACUCUUGUUUGCCUUGAUGAUGUCACUUCCUGCCUUGUUCAACAUCGGUCUCUUACUCUUUUUGGUGAUGUUUAUCUACGCCAUCUUUGCCAUGUCCAACUUUGCCUACGUGAAAAGGGAAGCUGGAAUCGAUGACCUCUUCAAUUUUGAGACCUUUGGCAACAGCAUGAUCUGCCUGUUUCAGAUCACCACCUCUGGCGGGUGGGAUGGCUUGCUGGCCCCUCUUCUCAACAAACACGAAGACGACUGUGACCGUAACAUGGAGCAUCCUGGUAGUGCUUUCAAAGGAGACUGUGGUACUCCUUCGGUGGCCAUUGCCUUCUUUGUGAGCUACAUCAUAAUAUGCUUCCUUAUUGUGAUUAAUAUGUACAUUGCAGUCAUUCUGGAGAACUUUGGUGUAGCCACUGAGGAGAGCGCUGACCCGCUAAGCGAGGACGAUUUUGAAGUGUUCUAUGAGGUUUGGGAGAAGUUCGACCCACGUGCAACCCAGUUUAUGGAAUACAACAAACUUUCUGAGUUUGCUGAUGCUUUGGACCCACCAUUACGCAUAGCCAUACCUAACAGGAUCGAAUUAAUCUCAAUGGAUCUACCCAUGGUGAGUGGCGAACGCAUCCACUGCCUGGACAUCCUGUUUGCAUUCACUAAACGGGUUCUUGGCGAGGAUGGGGAGAUGGACAUACUAAGGGCACAGAUGGAGGAGCGAUUCAUGGCCUCCAAUCCUUCCAAAUUGUCAUACGAGCCCAUUACGACCACCCUGCGUCGCAAGCAGGAAGACACCUCAGCUUUGAUCAUCCAGAGAGCAUUCAGAGAGUAUUUGAGGAGGCUGGCUAUUGCCAAACCCUUGGAAGAAGCCAAAGACAACAUUCCGAAGGACGAAAAGCCUGUUGACAAGGAAGAGCUGGUGAUGGACAAACUUGUUUCUAACUCUGAGAAGAAGGAAUCUUCAACUCUAUCUCAACCUUCUUGUAACAGUGUGCCCACAAGUGGGAGAAAUACAUCUGAAAAAGAUAACAGUGAACUGGACGUCACAGGCAAAGACGCCACAGAACGUGAUACAUAAGAAUGUCGGAGAUGCCUCAAAGACAUUGUGAUAUAUUGACCAAAUGUUUACAGUGUUGUUGUACGCCUUCUCAUAGUAUGGAUUUCUAUGACAAACUGACUUUAGAUGAAAAACCUAAAUGUUGGUGCAUAAAAGAGAAAAGUGGUUCAUUCAGACAGCAGUGAAACCAUUUCCAGGAGCAGGAAUGUUUGCAAGGGAUGGGCAGCAUUCUCAAGUGUUAGUUUAUGCUUUAACUUCUGUUGCAGCUAGCUGGGAUAUAUAGUGUCUUGGAAUAUACCUAUAUCAUUGACUAUUGUUUUGCCUACUAUUUUUAAAGCAUUGUGCGGGAUGUCAUUUCCUUUGGGAACCUAUAGCACGAUUGAUUGCCUUUUUAUAUACCUUUGUUUGUUCAGGGUGAAGAUAAUUGCUUUGACGCUAACUGUGAUGCUAAUGGUGUGUAGAAUACUUGAAAAAUCCAACAGACAAUUGCUGCAGUUGAUGUGAAUCAGCAUUAAUGGAUUUUCUGUAAUUAUGCACGUGUACUAAUUACAUUUGUCCCCUGCUUUGUGGUAUCAACAGUAAAAAUAUGGCUUUUUUUUAUAAAUCUCAAUAUAAAACAAGAAGUUGUACUUCCCCUUUACAUGAGCAUAUAUUUUUGUGACAAGCAGCACAAAGAGUUUGCAUUCAGCCCAUGUAAAAAUGUGCCAUAUGUUCACUGCCAAUGAUGCAAAAUACCUUGGUCUGCUGUAGUAUUGGCAGAUUGAAUAAAACAGUCUUAUCAGUACCAAAACAAGAAAAGACACAUUGGAAAUGUUACAAUUCAGGAGCUUCAAGAGCAUGUGGAAGAACCACACACCUUCACCUGGUUACACACUGUUGUGGGACGGCAUUACAUGUCUCAUCCAGAAGUGGUUGCAAUCUUUUAAUUUUUCUUACAUUGAGAUAUUGCCUUCAAUGACGACAAGCCAUGGCUUUCCAGUGAUAGAAAGGCCACAUUUUCCGUCAAAAGGUGUUAUUACUCUAUUGAUGUGUAUUUGCCUCGUCUUCUAAACUCCCUCCCUACAAUCUGAUGUCCGAGUCAGAAUAAUGUCUGGCACAGGCAGUGAAGAUUUGGCACAUUUUAAAUAUUGUGCGUUGCCGGUCACGUGAAUGCAUGUUUUUUCUAGAUGUGUCAUCAUUCAAAAGGGAAAUAACACGCUUUCCAAUUUGAUAAAAUUUUUUGUCAGGAAAUACAAAUUAUCGACCAAAAAAGGCAUUUGCAGAUAUUUUGUUUUAUGGUUAUAUCGACCAGUCCGUGAUCAGUUGUACCUGGCAGCAAAAUGUGCACAUUCAGUUUUGUUGUCAUAAUUGUGAAGGGUAUGUCAGGUCACUGUGUGUGGUUAGCCAGUGUACCAUUGUUCCAUUCAACUUUUAUCAUCAAACUCCUAAAAAUAGACUCUUGGGAGACUUUUAUCAUUGGGCGAAGGUGUCACUCACAAAUGUUUCAUGCACCAAAGCACAGGUUGUUUUUCAUGGCUUUACCGUUUGUCUUUAGUUGUUAUUGCUAUAUUUAUUAUUUACUAAGUAUAAGGUUACGAGUUUUAAAUGAUAUUGGUUGGUUGUGACAUAAAUCACAGUUUUUUUUAGGCAGACCCAGUUGAGAAGUAAAAGUCUGUAAACAUCUCAUGUCAUGUUAGAACAUUUUAGUGUGUUUUAAUGUUUUGGGUGUGACUUUAAACUUUUUUCAACCUUGCAAUCUUUAUCAUCAGGAUAAAUAUCAAAAUUAGAGGUAUGCAGGAUUGUACAUGUCACAUAUAUUGUGUGACCUUCCUCUCGCUGUUCCUGCUUAUGUUUACUGUACAUUUAACUGUGGCAUUUUUGUCACUGAGGUAGUUGUUCCCGUAUGUUUUGCAUGUAAUCAAAACAUUGGACACAUAAGUGGGUUUGAUCGAUGAUGAAAUGUUUUGAUUACACCGACUAAUAUCUUUCAUCAUAAAUAUGCAUAAUGCUGUAGUGUAUGAGUAUACUGCAUGCAAAGCACUGCUAUAACCCAUUUCAGUGAAAAGCCAACAGAAUAAAGACUACAUG